AUGGGGCACUUGAGCCUCCCAUCCAAGCGAAACCCUAAGCAAUGGAAGCUGCUCGACCUCGUAUCCGCUGCCUUCUUCGGUCUAGUCGUCCUCUUCCUCUUCCUUGUCUUCACUCCCUUCGGCGACUCCCUCGCCGCCUCCGGCAGGCAGGCUCUUCUCCUCUCAUCUUCGGAUCCCAGGCAGCGCCACCGCCUCGUCGAGCUCAUUGAAGCUGGACAGCAUCCUCAGCCGAUUGAGGCUUGUUCCGCCGAGGAGGUCGAUCACAUGCCAUGUGAGGAUCCCAGGCGGAAUAGUCAGCUUAGUAGAGAGAUGAACUUCUAUAGGGAACGUCAAUGCCCAAUACCGGACGAGACGCCUCUUUGCUUGAUCCCUCCACCAAAUGGCUACAGAGUUCCCGUCAGGUGGCCGGAUAGUUUGCACAAGAUCUGGCAUGCAAACAUGCCGCACAACAAAAUUGCUGAGAGAAAAGGCCAUCAGGGAUGGAUGAAAGAGGACGGCGAAUACUUUAUUUUCCCUGGUGGUGGCACCAUGUUCCCAGAAGGUGCCAUACCUUACAUUGAGAAACUUGGACAGUAUAUUCCCAUCCGAAACGGAGGUUUGAGGACUGCCCUUGAUAUGGGAUGUGGGGUUGCCAGUUGGGGAGGAUAUCUGAUGAAAGAAGGACUUCUACCUCUUUCUUUUGCCCCAAGAGAUUCACACAAAUCUCAGAUACAAUUUGCGUUGGAACGAGGAAUUCCGGCAUUUGUUGCGAUGCUUGGCACUCGGAGGCUCCCAUUCCCUGCAUUCUCAUUUGACUUGGUUCACUGCUCUAGAUGCUUAAUCCCUUUUACGGCUUACAAUGCAACUUAUUUCAUUGAAGUCGAUCGCUUGCUUCGCCCAGGAGGAUAUUUAGUCAUAUCUGGUCCUCCUGUACAAUGGGCUAAACAAGAUAAAGAAUGGGCAGAUCUUCAGGGUGUGGCCAGAGCACUUUGUUAUGAGCUAAUUGCUGUUGAUGGGAACACUGUCAUUUGGAAAAAGCCUACCGGAGAUUCAUGCCUGCCUAGUCAAAAUGAAUUCGGCCUUCACUUGUGUGAUGAAUCGGUUGAUCCAAGCUCUGCAUGGUACUAUAAAUUGGAGAAAUGUGUGACCCCUCAAUCUUCAAUAAAGGGAAAAUAUGAUGUCGGGGGGAUUCCGUCUUGGCCAAAUAGAUUAAACAAAGCCCCUGCAAGGGCUGCUCUCAUGAAGAGUGGCAUUGAUUUAUUUGAGGCCGACACUCGUCGUUGGGCAAGGAGGGUGGCCUAUUACAAGAACUCUUUCAAUGUCAAGCUGGGAACUCCGGCCGUGCGCAAUGUGAUGGAUAUGAAUGCAUUUUUUGGUGGCUUUGCUGCAGCACUAGCAUCUGAUCCUGUGUGGGUGAUGAAUGUUGUUCCUGCUCGCAAGCCGACAACUUUGGAUGUAAUCUUCGACAGGGGCCUUAUUGGUGUUUAUCAUGAUUGGUGUGAGCCCUUCUCAACUUAUCCUCGAACUUAUGAUCUAAUCCACGUUUCUGGAAUCGAAUCAUUAGUAAAAGCUCCAGGCUCUGGCAAAAACAGGUGUAGCCUCGUGGAUCUGAUGGUGGAGAUGGACAGAAUACUGCGACCAGAAGGAACAGUGGUGAUUCGCGAUUCUCCUGAGGCGAUAGAGAGAGUGGCUCGCAUAGCGAAUGCUGUUAGAUGGACUGCUACGAUACAUGAGAAAGAACAGGAAUCUCAUGGGCCACAGAAAAUACUGGUUGCUACCAAGAAUUUCUGGACACUCACUUCAGCAUCUCACUGA